AUGAUUUUAAGAAUAUUUCAAUACAAGGUUCAAGAACUUGAAAUUUCCAAGAAUAUGUAUAAACUUUCAACACUUUUUCAGAUUUUCUUCAUCGCUGCCACUUUGGCCAUCGCUAACGCUGGACUCAUCAGCUCCCCAUUAGCUUACUCAGCUCCCGCUGUAGCUGCAGCUCCAGUCGUCUCAGCUUAUGCCGCUCCAGCAGUCCCCGCAGUGGCUCCCUACUCCGCACCAGCUGUAGCCGCUCCCGUCCUAUCCAGCUAUUCGGCCCCUGUUGUAUCCGCCUACUCCGCGCCUGUUGUAUCAGCUUACUCUGCUCCUCUCUAUGCUAAAUCUGUAGCCGCUCCAGUAGCUUACAGCGCACCUGUAGCCGCUCCACUUGCUUACAGCGCACCUGUAGCCGCACAACUUGCUUACAGCGCACCUGUAGCCGCUCCAUUGGCCUACAGCUCACCUGUAGCCGCUUGGUAA